UACAAUGAGAACUCUGAAGGGUAGAGGAUACAUGAUCAGGUUGUUCAUUUUAACUCUGACUUCUUCAGAGUUAGCAGCAGCGAGAGGAUCAAGAUCAACAAUGAGGACCAAGAUUUUCAAGAUUUGAUUUCACACCACAAGUUUCAACUUACAACAUGGAUACAUACAGAGACCAACCACAGUCUCUAACAUCAUCUGGAGACAGGGACACCAACCUGUCUUCAUCCCCUUCUUCAGACGACGAAACAAAGGCCAUCCUGGAUGUCAUCUCCUCCCCGUCAUCUGACUACCUGGUUCGCUCGUAUGUGGGAGAGGGAUGUUUUGGAAGAGUUGCAAAAUGUUUAAAGACAGCCACCAAUGAGACGGUGGCCGUGAAGGUCAUGAAACACAAAGAUUUCACACUUCAGGCUGAGAACGAGGUGGAAAUCCUUAAAAAGCUGAGAGCUUUCGACCCGGACCGAUACAACUUUGUCAAAUUCUACGACUCCUUUGUCGACAGCGGAAACAUCUGUCUGGAGUUUGAAUAUCUCGAUGUGAGUUUGUGGCAUUACUUGGAGAAGAAACCUGCAUACACUCUCACCGUGAAAGAAAUCCGGCCAGUCUUGUACCAGAUGGGAAUAACUCUACAACUUUUGAAGAACCAAGGACUAGCGCACUCAGACUUAAAGCCGGACAACAUCAUGUUGGUGGACCACAUUAACCAGCCAAUGAGGAUAAAGAUGAUUGACUUUGGAUUAGCAUGUUACUUUACAGAGACAAAGUGUGGAACAUACAUGCAGCCAAGACAUUACAGGGCUCCAGAGGUCAUCCUGGGAUCUCCCUUCACAGCAGCCAUCGACAUGUGGUCUUUGGGUUGCAUCGCCGCAGAGCUGUACCUGGGUCAUGUACUUUAUCCUGGAACAUGCGAGUACGACAUGAUACGACAAAUUCUGCAGACUCAGGGUCAGUUCCCCUUUCGAACUCUCAACGCCGGAUUAAAAACAAGAACCUUUUUCAAGAGGUGGAAGAAGGGCCGCCGAUGGAGAUUAAAGUCGUUGUUUGAAUGUGGAUACAGCAGCUUUUCUGAUACCCAAUAUAAGUCCCUGGAUGACCUGAAGAAAGUUAGACCAGCUCAUCACCUUACAGAAGAGGACACCGCCGCAGAGAUGAAGGACCGAGACAGCUUUGUGGAGCUACUGAAGAGGAUGCUUCAUUUGGACAUCGACAAACGGAUAACACCCAGCGAGCUCCUCGAGGAUCCGUUCAUCACCAUGACGGACAUUGCACAGAGCUUCCCUGACAGCUUUUAUGUAAAAUCGGGUUGUGAAAUGAUGAAGGUCUGCCAAGACUCAAAGGUUCAGCAAGACCAGCAGCUGUGCUUGAACCAGCAGCCUUCCACCAGCACCGCCAGCCCCGUCCAGCAGGACAACUCCUCCCAUGUUACCCCAGCUUGGCAGAGUCCCGUAGAACACCCCGUCAUACUGACGAUCGCAUCUUCCGUCUCCAGCAGCCUUUCCAUAGACGAGCCCCAAAAAUCAUCCCAACAGCCGGAGACCGGUUUCACUUUUUCCAGGAAGAGAACCCAGCUGGAUACGGAUUCACCCAUGCACUUUGACGGGGCUCCAUCUCCUCACAGAGGUGGUCUCAGACGAGGACUAAGACAGACGAAAACUACAACUGAUGAUCCCACCAGCCUUGCAGAACAAGCAACAGUGCAAAAAAGGAAAAGAGACAUUUUAGAAGAAGAUGGAAGCAGAAGUCCAGACGACCAAUCAGAACACAGGAAGAGGAAGAGGAGGAGAGCAGACUCACCAGAAAACACAGAAGACGCAUCAGUCAACGCCUCACCAGACACAGACCAAACCAAACCAAACAGGAAGAGGACAUGGGACACUUUUAUAGCUGCACACAGCAGACACAGGGAACCAGACAAUCCGCCAGUGAGAAAGAAAAGGAGGCUUACCUAUGACCUGGAGGAGGCUGAAAUUAAACCAACCGGGGAGAGGACAUGGGAUGCUUUUAUAGCUGCACACAGCAGACACUGGGAACCAGAAAACAAUUCACCAGACAUGAAGAAGAUGAAGCUUACCUGUGACCUGGAGGAGGCUGAGAUUAAACCAAACAGGAAGAGGACAUGGGAUACUUUUGUAGCAGCACACAGCGGACACAGGGAACAAGACAAUAAUUCACCUGUGAGGAAGAAGAGGAGACUUACCUGUGACCUGGAGGAGGCUUUACCCAGUGAGGCAGACAUUAAACCACAAAGGAAGAGGACCUGGGAAACUUACAAAGCCUCACAUACAGGAUUAAAAAAGUUUACAAGUGAUUCACCAAAGAAGAAAAAAAUUAAGAUGAACCAGGAGGAGGAGGAGACACAUAGAAAUCCCCUUAAUAAGUCUCCUGAGGCUGUGCCCAAGAAGAGAUCUCGUAAGAGAAACAUAAAGGAAGAAACAAGCACUGAAAAGUCCCCACCUAUGACCAGGUCCAUGAGAAAAAAAAAAGCCCCUGAUAAAGACUGGGAAACAUGAAGGGGAAGGUAAGUAGGGAGGUAUGCUCAUCACCAGCUGACAUGGCACUAAACA